GCGACAUCAGUUUCUGCAUAAGAAACUCGGAUAGCAGUGGAGAUGAGUUUUUGGGGAAUAAUAAAUGAAGAGAGACAAAGGAGCUGUUAAUGCCAUUACUCUCUCUCUCUCUCUCUCUCCACAUUGACAUCGAGGGAGAGCUUAUCCUCCUUCUUACCCGCAGCUCAAACUCCCAACCCAUAAACCCAAUCUGCGAAAAGGGAAAUCCUUUUUUUUUUUUCCCAGAAUUCGCUCAGCUCCUGCAGAUAUUCUUGGUUUGCGUGGUUUUCUUGGAGGUUUCCUGCGUGGGAAAGAAAACGAGGGAGAGAGAGAGUUUCCCAGAUUUUUGUUCUUUUUUGUUUGUAGGAUAUGUAGUCACGCAUUUCGAUAUUCGGUGUUCUUGGCUCCCUACCUGAGAAAAUAUCCUCCUGAGAUGAAUCAUUUCGUCCCUGACUUUGAAACCCGCGAUGGUUAUUCCAUCCCUGUUUCUUCUUCUCCUUCCUCCUUGAAUCUUCCCAAAAAAUCAGCCAUGGCUGAAGAAGAUAUCAUGGAGCUGCUUUGGCACAAUGGCCAAGUAGUUGUCCAGAACCAGACGCAGCAGAGGCCCAACGUUCAUAAACUCUCUCAUCCGCCGGAGAUCGCCGGAGGACUAGCAGAUCCUCCGCCGCCUUCGCCACCCGAUCAGAAUCUCUUCAUCCAGGAAGACGAGAUGGCUUCAUGGCUUCACUAUCCUCUCCACCAAGACGAUUUCUGCUCCGAUCUCCUCUUCUCCGGCGCCGCCUCGGCGUCUCAGCCGCAGAGCGUCUCUCGCGCGUCAUCGAGCGUUCUCCACACGUCUCCGCCUCCGCCGCCGGAGAGACCGACGAGUAAGGUCUCCGCGCCGAGGCCGCCGGUUCCGCCUGAGAGAAGGACCGAGAACGAACACAGGACUAUACGGAACUUUGCGAACUUCUCCAGAUUCAAAAGGAACAGUACCACCGGCCGUAGUGUCGAAUCUGGACAACCGUCGUCAUCGUCGGCGGCAGGGGCGGGGGGAGCCGACGGCGCCGACACCGGAUGGAGGAUUAACGGCGGCGCUAGCUCCGCCGCAUCCGGCAGCGGGGCUGUAACGGCAUAUGAGAAUUGCGGGACGUCAUCUUCGAAGGGAAAGGCGGUGCAGGCUCUCUCACCGCCGGAGGCUGAGACAGCGGAUAUCGACGGAGAUCGGAAGCGGAAGGGGAGAGAAGACAUUGACGAAACCGAGUGCCGCAGCGAGGAAACAAAACAAGGUCGAGGAUCGACUUCCACGAAAAGGUCUCGAGCUGCAGAAGUUCAUAAUCUCUCCGAACGGAGACGGAGGGAUAGGAUCAACGAGAGGAUGAGGACUCUGCAAGAACUUAUACCUCGCUGCAACAAGUCGGAUAAAGCUUCAAUGCUGGAUGAAGCUAUCGAGCAUAUAAAAUCGCUUCAGCUGCAAAUUCAGAUGAUGUCCAUGGGAUAUAGCAUGACGCCAAUGAUGUAUCCCGGUAUGCAGCAGUACAUGCAGCACAUGGCGAUGGGGAUGAACAUGGAGAUGGGCAUGAAUCGGCCAUUCAUGCCGUUUCCAAACAUGUUAGCUGCCACUCCGUCCAUGCCAACCAUGGCUCAUAUGGGUGGGCCAGCGUUUCCAGCCCCUCCCUUCCCUGUUCCAAACACUCAAGCCUAUGACCCAUCUAGAGUCCAGGUCCAAAACGAGCAGGCAGACCCGGCAUUGAACCCACAGCAUGUGCAUCCAAACCAGCCGCUGCAGCAGCCCUUACAUGGUUUCCUGGAUCCAUAUCAGCAGUUCAUAGGUUUCCAUCCUAUGCAAGCGUCCAUGUCGAAUAACCAAGGAACCGUGAAGCCGAGUUCAAAGGAGCCACAAAGUAGCAAGGAAGCCAAGGAUCAUCGAGAAGAACCCCCGGCAGGUUGAUGAUGUUUGGAACCAAAAAAGGAUCUGUUCCAAAGUAAAGAGCAGUUUUGACAGAUGACAGAGGGGCUAACAUGUAAACUAAGGUCUCGUCUUCUUCUUCCUUUUUUUUUAUAUAGCAUUUGUCAAUGUUUCUGCUCUUGAUUGUCCCUCUUCUUCCUCGCCCAUGUAUAAUUUAUAGUUCUGUAGAUUUAGGAGUCGGAUACACGAUAAAUGUCGAUAGGGUAGAGGCUUUUUAGAGCAGAGAUCUCUCUCUCUCUCUAGGGCUUAGUAAAUCGCAACAAUGGCCCAUUGUAUUACAGUUGGGGAGUUGCUGAUGCAGACGGAAGCUGUUUUGUUUAGCAAAGAAAAGGUUUUGGUUCUUUAUUUUA